AUGCGAGGCGAGUACGAAGAUGAGCUUGAGUUUUUCUCUUUUCUUCCGGCAGACUUCCACAUGGACCUGUACCAAGGGAUGAGCAAAAUGCUUGUUUCCUCCCUCGGCUCUUCCCCAGACAUCCGCGGGCGAAUGGACCGCAUUGAAACCGCCCUGCAGAAGAACAUGCUCAUUUUUGAGCGAUUCACGCUGAGAAACAUAUUCACGUUCCCGGAGAGCUUCGUAUACGAGAGAAAGCAGGGCCCCCGGACGGCGCAUGAGCACGGGCAGCUAAAGGAUGAGAUUCUCUCGCUCUCCCUGCAGAAUGCGGAAAUUGCGUCUCUGCGGGAGACUCUGCAGCAGAAGAAGGCCUUCCUCCGGGACGUCGAGCAGAAAUAUGCUGCUCUCCAGGGGAUUCCAGAGCUCUCCGCCGUCCUCGAGGGGAUCCGCGAGCUCAACCGCCUGAUGCGGGAGACGCGAGAAAUGAAAAAGCAGUACAUGCAGGGCGCGCAGCAAAGACCGCGUCCCCCCAAGAAAGAGCUCGAAGAAGAAAUCCGGAAAAACGAGUGUGCGGACCUGGAGAGGCGCAUCCCCAUGAGCGUCCUCUCCCUCCUGGAAAAAACCCUCUCCUAA